CAAAUCUCCCCGCGAGAGAGAGAGACAGACCCAGCUUCGAGUCCUCCAGACGUUCUCAUUGGCCAGCCCUCUCUACAAAUCCAACUCCAGCAACUUCCCCAGAACAGACUAACAAAUCAUAACCGCAUGUAUUUUACCAUCAUAAACGCUUUUGCACUAUCCCAUACAUUGGUGCAAGUGUUGAAGAUGAAAGUUGUGUCGGUAUUUUUAUUCGAAUAUAUCCAAAGCGACAGUUACUUUUGAUUGUUUACAUUACAGGAUUUCGAGAGAGCUAUUUUAUUCAAGGAAAGAACUGGACAAAGAACAUUCUACUCCGGCCCACCAUCGAGAGCAUUCAGCGGCAAAGUCGAGACCUCGAGAAAAAGAACCAAUAAACAACCAAGGACAUCUACGGGCCUUACCCAGUUUUCAACAUUUUCUCCAACUUUACCCCCCAGUCCAACAUUAGCAUGAUGUCGUAUCUCAAGCAACCACCUUACACAGUCAAUGGACUGAGCUUAACGACCUCCGGAAUGGACCUUCUGCAUCCAUCCGUGGGCUACCCAGCGACGCCCCGCAAGCAGAGACGAGAAAGGACGACUUUCACACGCGCCCAACUUGACGUUUUAGAGGCACUGUUCGGCAAAACUCGAUAUCCUGAUAUAUUCAUGCGCGAGGAGGUAGCACUGAAAAUCAAUCUGCCAGAGUCUCGUGUACAGGUUUGGUUUAAGAACCGAAGGGCAAAGUGUCGCCAGCAACAACAGCAGCAGCAGAACGGGGGGCAGAACAAAGUGCGACCAGCCAAAAAGAAGAGUUCUCCAGCCAGAGAAGCGAGCUCUGAGAGCGGGGCGAGUGGCCAGUUCACACCGCCCUCAAGUACUACUUCAGUCCCUUCCAUAUCUACCAGCACCGCACCGGUAUCUAUUUGGAGUCCAGCUUCCAUCUCUCCACUGGCUGACCCUCUUUCUACAUCCUCCUCCUGCAUGCAAAGAUCCUACCCAAUGACCUACACACAGGCCUCGGGAUACAGCCAAGGCUAUGCCGGAUCAACGUCAUACUUCGGCGGAAUGGACUGCGGUUCUUACCUUACACCCAUGCACCACCAGUUGUCUGGCCCCGGGACGACACUCAGUCCUAUGAGCACCAACGCCGUCACAAGCCAUCUGAACCAGUCCCCUGCAUCCCUCUCCACUCAGGGCUACGGAGCCUCGGGGCUAGGCUUCAACUCCACGGCAGACUGCUUGGAUUAUAAAGACCAAGCGGCAUCCUGGAAGCUGAACUUCAAUGCCGAUUGCUUGGAUUAUAAAGAUCAGACUUCAUCGUGGAAAUUCCAAGUCCUGUGAAAAGAACAAUAUGGCUAUGUAAACUAUUCAAACGAAGAUAAUGAUGAUAAAUCAAACAUAUAGCCCUGCCAUCCUUCAAUAAGAUAUAUCCGUAAAAGACUGAUUAUUCGUGUCGCCGGUAAGGAACUUCGAGAGAGAAAGAGAGAGGGGGGGCGACUCUCGGUAGCGGCUCGUGUUGUUGGCAUGAAGUUUGGCCCUGUCCAGCAGAGGAGAAGUUAUAAUUUAUUUUAGCACUGGCAAAGAUAUUUUAUUUUCAUUAACCUCACAGGUUGAAGCCAUCUCAUCUGUCUGUCAGUGUGUACCUCUAUGCUAACAGUACAGCACCUGUUGGUUAAUUGAAGGAAAACUUGGAGUCGACUCGUAGUAACUUAUGGUACAUCACAGCCACGAACAAAUCCUUACCCAAGAACAACAUUGCUAGAGGAGCCAAUCUUUUGGUUAAGUGCUUGGGAUGGACAGGCUUCAUUUAAGCCUCUUACAACUUGCCGACCUAUUGGCGGAGGAACACUUUGACCAGGAAUGUUGUGUGGACUGCGCUCCCCCAAGGCGACACGGAUUGACUACUUUAUUUAAGAAAAAGUGUUUAUAAGGAAUCAAAAUGUAGUUUCUAAGAGACAAUCAGUGUGUGUCUUAUAUAAAUGGUACAUAUGUGUUUGUUUUUUAAAUCUGUGCUAGCCUUCGAAACUGUGAUCUGUUGUAUUGUAUGCAAUUUGUGAGCUCCCUCGCAUCAGCGAUGACUCUCUGCUGUGAUUUUAAUAGAUUUGUAACUUUUUGAACAACAAGAAAAGAAUGGAUAAUGGUUAAAUAAUGAUUAUUGCAAGAGACAACCUGACUGUCCAAACACAGGGUAGAACAUCUGAGGGGAUACUGGAAAAGAAACUCGAUUGCUGAGACCUCUCUGGACAGCCUAGCGCGUCCCUAUCCAUUGAUCACUCACGUUGAUUGUGGAUCCCUAACAUGGCUCCAAAAAUGGUGUGACCCCACCGCUGAACAGACAUAAAUAAAGGUCCUGAGAUCAGACCCCCACAUUUAUCAAUGAACUAAAUAUGGAUUCACUAUUGACUGUGUGUGUGUGUGUGUGUGUGUGUGUGUUGAUACAUAUUUAUGUAUUUUACAACGUCAUCCGUGGACAAAAGAUAUGGAUUAAACGCUGUGGAAGUAGGUUUA